AUGGCUCCAUUAGAAACCUCAUCUGACACUUCUACUUCUACCUUACCUAAUAAUUUGGUUACUGUUGAGCCCUCAAACCCAUUGUACCUCUAUCCCACUGACAACUCUGGUACUAUCAUCGUUGCCGAUCGAUUCAACGGUAUGGGAUAUGGAAGUUGGAGAAGGGGAAUGUUGAUCGGUUUGUCGUGUAAGAAUAAGCUCGGCAUAAUCAAUGGGACUAUUUCCAAACCUAAUGUUACAUCUCCAUUCUAUGAGCCUUGGUGUCGAUGUAACGACAUGGUAAUUGCUUCGAUACUGAAUAGUUUGGAAACUGAAAUUAGGGAAAGUGUUAUGUAUACAGAGUCAGCUACAAAGUUAUGGAAGGACAUUGAGAAACGAUAUGGACAGCCCAAUGGGAGCAAAAUGUAUCAGAUCUGUAAGGCUCUAUCAUCUAUUUCUCAAGGAGCUUCAAAUAUUGCUUCCUACUUUUUCAGAAUUAAGAAGUUAUGGGAUGAGCUAGCAUAUUCCAUAACAUAUCCUGAUUGUGUGUGUGGAUGUAAAGAGGCGUUUCAAAAAUUGGAAGAAGAUCAGAAGCUUCAUUAG